AUGGGACUCUCGAGCUGGGACUUAUGUAGCUGCUUCUAUUGUUGGCCGUCGUAUGUCUGCAAAAGUCUGAGAAGUACUUGUUACGAUAUUCUGAAUCGCCGUUCGCAGUUUCCUCUUCUCCUUGAAACUAUUCUUGAGCUGGCUGUCCACAGUGGGAUUGUAAAUGAAAAGGAUGUUAGUCGUGCCCGUGAUGUUCUCCGACGUGUCCGUGAUGAGAUUGGCAAGACACAAGCAAAAGGCAGACCAUCACGGUAA